GUAGGUCUUGGUUAAUUUUAUUACAAAACCGUAACACAUUCCCAAACGUUAACACAAAACACACCCAGCUACACGAGACACAACACCCCGCGGUAAAAAAGAAAAAAAACUACACAUACUAAUCCUUAUACUAGAAGUUACUGCUGCCGACGAAGGGGUCCAAGAUGCCGCGUGUAAAACCCACCAAAAAGCUCGAUGUCCUGGGAAAUCUGGACCUGCGGCCAGAGGAGGCGGUGGGGGACUAUCUCUGCUCGAAGCAGCAGGACAAGUUCUUUGUAAUUCCUCCCAACUCUGAUUCCGCGGGAGAUUCCAUCGAGCUCAUUUUCGUCAACAAUCUGCGCGAGAACGAAGCAAUGCUCAAGUUGCAGGACGAGAUGCUGGCCAGCGCCAAGAGGCAGUCCAAGGUUAACCAUAGCAGGGUGCGGAACAUGUACAAGAUCCAGGAGCGGUUGCGGCGGCGCUUCAUCGAGGUGAACAGCUUCAUCAAGGACUGCGCGGACAAGAAGCGAGCCGCCGAGAAGACAGCCCAGGGCGAGACGCUCUACCACAAGGAACUGGGCGAGGGCAUUGAGAGCUUCAAGGACUCGAUCAGCGAGCUUAAAGCCUUUCGAGAGGCUCUUAAGGCCACCGUCCAUGAGUUCCAGCCGUACGAGAAGGUUCUCGAUGAGGUGGUAAAGGUCUCUGACAUAUUCGUCUCGCCAAAGGACUGCAUGGACCGCUGCGACGCAUUAAUGCUGGCCCAAGUGGAAAUCAGUCAGUUGGAGCAGCAGAAACUGAAUGAGAUCGAGAACAUGCGACAACGCAUGGUGCAAAUCACGAAUGAAGCCGCCCUGACAGUCCUGGGACUCAAAAACGAUCUGGCCAAGCUCGAGCGAUCGUACAACGAGUCCCGUGUGCAGUGCCUCAAAUGGGAGAAGAUCCUGGCCAACAGCAAGGACGCCAUUACCAACGGUGCAAUGGACAAGGACCGAACCCUGGAUGGCAUAAAUCACUUGUACAGGAUUCUCUGCCGCCGAAGAGAUGUUCCUGGAUGGGGCCGCGGAUGUGUGGAAGGAAAAUUGGAUAUUAUUAAGAACGAAGUGGAUAUACUAUUCGGAGUCUUGGAGCAGAUCCAAUCGAUGGAUGGGAAGGGUAAACAGAAUGAGGCCUCACAGGAUAUGUGUUAGUAGAUCGAAUAAAUUCAAAGUAGUUUAUAGAUCGAAGAAAAAUAUUAAAAUAUCAAUUUAAUCAAA